AUGCCGUUGCCAGCCCCAGUUCAGAAGUUUAUUGACGAUGUCGACAAGACUCUUCAUCAACCCAACAAGGCCACUCAAGUCCUGGAGACUCUCGAGCAAAAGACUGGUGUCAAGAGACUUCACAUUGUUGGAGGUUUGUCGUUCUUGUCAUUUGAUUAGUAUUUAGUAAAUUUUAUCAACAACUGUCCUUUUAUUUGUAGGUAUUGCCGCGCUUCACGCCCUUUAUCUUCUGUUCGGUCACUUUGCUGCAUUGGUAUGCAACUUUAUCGGCUUCCUGUACCCGGCCUAUGUUUCCAUCACGGCCAUCGAGUCCAUUACCAAGGAUGAUGACACCCAAUGGCUGACCUACUGGGUCGUGUUUGCCCUCUUCAACGUGCUCGAAUUCUUCUCCCACAGCAUCACCUACUAUUUCCCAUUCUAUUGGCUCCUGAAGUGCGCCUUCCUCCUCUGGCUAUACCUCCCCAUGACUCUCGGUGCCCACCAAUUGUACCUGCGAUGCAUUCGCCCAUUCCACCAAAAGCACCACACCAACAUCGAUGGAGCCCUCAAGAACGCCGGUGACCGUGCCCGCGAUGCCUACAAUGAACACUUCAAGCCUCAAUAG